UUCUAAAAUUUAUAUUAAAAUUAAGAUAGUAUCAUUUUGUUCGGAUAUGCUCUUAAUGGCAGCUAUAAUAUUUGUAGAUUUCAAUAAGGAAAAAAUAAAGUUAAGAAUAACAGUGAGAUAAAAAAAAGAAGAGCAGAUUUUUUUUUGUAUAUUUUAGAAUGCCAUCAUAUCACAAGAAAAGAAAAAUGUUGUCUUUAUUGACGCCGUCGUCAUUUUUAAAUUAUGAAAAAAAUAAAAGUUGUGCUUAUAUACUUAAGAAUAAAAGAAAUUAUAAAUUAUUUAUAUUAAUAUUAUACAUUUGUGUAAGUUUAAAUAUAUGUGGUGCACAUUCUAUAAAUGGAUUACAAAAUAUAAAUAAGAGACAAAAUUCAGAAAAAACCAAUUUAGAUGAUAUAACAACGUCAACAACAGAAUUUGGAUUUCCAUCAAAUAAAAUUAGUUCCACCGAUUUUAAUAAUAAUCAAAAAAAUACUAAAAUAACAACAACAAUUUCAAGUAGAAAUUUGAAAAAUGAUAGAUUUCAAAAUUUUAAGGAUUUAAUAACAAUAGGAACAACACCAGCAUUAUUGCUAAACUCAUAUAAACAAUUUACGGAUACUGAACAAACAACUGAAAAUGGUAAAUGUCCAGCUCAAUAUUUUACAUGUACUGAUGGUAAAUGUAUUCCAUUUGGUUGGAAAUGUGAUAGUAAAUAUGAUUGUGUAGAUGGCUCAGAUGAAUUAAAUUGUGUAACAAAUACAACAAAAUGUAAUGUUGGACAAUUUAGAUGUAAAUCAUCUCAUAAAUGCAUACCAAUUAGUUGGCAAUGUGAUGGUGAUUUUGAUUGCGGUAAUAGCGAUAUAUCAGAUGAAACAGAAUGUCCAAAUACAAAAGGAAAAUGUCAAUCAUAUGAGAGUGAAUGUGAGAAUGGAAUGUGCUUAGAAAUAUCAAAAUUUUGUGAUGGUACUUGGGAUUGUGAUAGCGAUGAAUAUGAUUGUGAAAAAGGACCUCCGUUAUGUGCUAAUAUGCAUUGUUCAUACGAUUGUAAAUUAACAAAUAAAGGAGCAAAAUGUUUUUGUCCAAAAGGCUUAGAACCAACUGGUGGUAAUGGUACUUCUUGUGCUGAUUUUGAUGAAUGUUCAAUAGAAGGGAUGUGUGAUCAAAUAUGUAAAAAUAAAUUUGGUUCGUACGAAUGUUCAUGUGUUUCAGGUUAUGCAAAAAAUGGAAAUCGAUGUUAUGCUAUUAAUGUGCCAAAAAAUGAAAUUGCUUCGUUGAUUUUUUUAACUCAAGAAGAAAUUCAAAAAUUUUCACUUAGCGGCAGGGAAAAUGCAACAACUAUUCGAAAAUCUAAUGAAAUUGCAAUAGAAGUGUGGCAUCGUAAUCGUACAAUUUGUACAUUAAUAUUUAGAACAUUAUCAUCGGCGUCGACAUUACGCUGUCGAAAAGUAGAUGCCUUAAAUGAGACAUGGGAUUUUCAAUUACCAGAAACAUUAGUUAGCGCUUCAUCUAUCGAACAAAUCAGAUUAGAUUGGAUUAGUGGAAAUUGGUAUUUUAUGAAUACUGAUUCAAAAAUGAUAAUUUUAUGUUCAAAUAAUUUAAAAUAUUGUCUCCCUGUGUUAAGAAGUUUAGUAAAGCCAACGUCCAUGGCUCUUGAUCCUACAAAAGGAUUUUUAUUUUAUACCGAUUAUACUCCUGCUGUAAUUCGUUCGUUAUUGAACGGUAGUAAUAAAACUGUGAUAGUUAAUACAACAAUAUAUUAUCCAACUAGUAUUACUUUAGAUUUAGCAAAUGGCCAUAUUUAUUACAUCGAUUUAUAUACAGACUUUGUUGAACGUGUAGAUUAUAAUGGAAAAAAUCAAUGGUCAAUUAAAAAGAGUAUUAAUACUCAUUCGCUUUUAAAAUCUAUACAUUCCAUUGAUGUAUUUGAAAAUACAAUAUUAAUGUCUUCCUGGAGUGAUAAUAGUAUAGUAACUUUGGACAAAUUUUCAACACAUGCUCAUCGUAUUUUACCUAAUGUUAAGAGAGCUUAUGAUUUACGAAUAUUUCAUCGUCAGAGACAGCCAGAAGUUGCUCAUCCUUGUCGAGAUCCCACUAAUGGUAAUUGUGAACAAUUAUGUAUUCCAUUAUGGAAAAAUAAUGUUGCUAUAGCACAAUGUGCCUGUAAAUCUGGAUAUAAAAUAGUUGGGAAGACAAAAUGUGAGCACAAUAAGAAAGAUACAUUUCUGAUAUAUUCGGAAAAGAAAACUAAAAGCAUUAAGGGCAUAUCUAUACCAACAACGGAACUAUUUAAUAAUAGUGAAGAUGAUAUUAGUGAUGAAGUUAUUGUUCCAAUAUCGAAUAUAACAUCACCAACAUUUUUUGAUUAUAAUGCUAAAAAUGAAAGUAUAUUUUUUAUUGAAAAGGUUGCAAACGAUUAUCAAAUAUUAAGUCAAUAUUUUAAUGGCACAAGCCGAUGGGUUGUUAUCAAGAACUUAGAUUUUUCAACUAAUAUCGCUUAUGAUUGGAUAUCUGAACAUAUAUAUUGGUCAAAUCAUAAUAAAAUAUCAGUAGCAUCUCUAAAAAACACAAGUCAAAUAUAUUCUUUUUCAAUUGAAAAGGAUGCUUCGUCGUUGACAAUUGAUCCACAUGAAGGCAGAAUAUAUUGGUCACAAUGGUUUGGCGUCAAUGACGGUAAAAUUAAAACUUCAUGGAUGGAUGGAACUUAUAAACAGGUAUUGGCCGAUUCAACAGAAAAACCAAUGAAAUGGCCACAAAGUUUGAAUAUUGAUUUUAUUGACAAAAAAAUAUAUUGGUGUGAUGCUGGUGAAAAUACUAUAGAACGAAUGAAUUUAGAUGGGAAAGAACGUGAAAUAUUAUUAAAAAAUAAUGCUUAUAGUCCAAUUUCGGUUGCUUAUUAUAAUCAAUAUGUAUUUUGGGUUGAUAAAAAUAAAGAGAAUAUAUUUAGGUUUCAUAUAAAAACGGACAGAAGUGAUAUUAAAUCAUUAGCCGGAGUUAUCUUUUCUGAUGGUGGACAAGUUAAUUAUUUAAAAAUUUUCAAUAAAAAAUUACAAACUGGUACGAAUAAUUGCAGUAAUAAAUGGUGCCCUGGUUUAUGUUUGCAAACACCUCGUAUUGGUGGUGGUGUAUGUAAAUGUCCCGACGGUACCUCAUUAAGUGCUCACGGUAAAAGUUGUAUAGCAAAUUUAGACAUUGAUUUACAGUGGACAAAUUGCACCAAUGGUUUUGUUUGUCGUGAUCAAAAGGAAUGUAUUGAAACAAAAGAUCUUUGUGAUGGAAUUGAGGAUUGUGAUGACGGUAGUGAUGAAGAUUAUAGUGAAAAAGGAUCUUGCCAUAUUUUUAAUUGUGAUAGGAAAUAUAAUUUUAUUUGUGAUAGUAUACGUUGUGUGAGACGUAGCUCACUUUGUAGUAGAAGCUUGCCAAUAUGUAAAGAUGGAACCGAUCAAAUGAAUUGCACGGACAGAAUUUGUAACGAACAUGAAUUUACAUGCCGCAAAACACGGAAGUGUAUUCCACAAAGUUGGGUAAAUGACGGCAUAAUGGACUGUGGUUCAGAUGAUAUAUCUGAUGAAGAACUUUCCGUUCAUACUGAAUGUUCAGAGUUUGAGUGUAAAAACGGCUAUUGUAUUCCAUUUUUAAAUGUUUGUGAUGGUUUAGAUAAUUGUGGGGAUCAAUCUGAUGAAAAAUUUUGUGAUUCACAAUGUGGUGCUAAAGAAAAAUAUUGUGUUCCAAUUGGUUGCUAUGAUGAAUCGCGUAUUUGCGAUGGCAUACAUGAUUGUUUAGAUUUUAGUGAUGAAUCAAAUUGCAAUGGUACAGAAAUAAGGAGUGACAAUGUACACCUUACAGUAAAACCACAACUCUGUGGGCAUACAGAAUUUGCCUGCCACGAAGGUUUUGAAUGCAUACCGAUUCAUCUUCAAUGUGACGGUAUUGCCCAAUGUAUUGACAAAUCAGAUGAAUUGAAUUGCAAGCGACUUAGACCAAUCCCAACUCUUCCAACUAAUAUUAGUGCUAACUGUGAACAUCCAGAUAGAAUAUGUGCUAUUUCUAAUGAAUGCAUCCGAGUUGAUCAAUUAUGUGAUGGAAACAUUGAUUGUCCUGAUGCUACUGAUGAAGGCUUAUGGUGCUCUAGUAAACUAUGUGAUCAUGUAACUGAUUGUUCUCAUUUUUGCCAUAAUGCACCGGAAGGAUUUGUUUGCACGUGUCCACAGCACAUGUAUUUGGAACGUAAUGGUUCAAACAAAUGUAGUCUUAGACAUUCUUGUGAACAUUGGGAUACAUGCUCUCAAAUUUGCGAGCCUAAUGGUAAAACUUAUAAAUGUAAAUGUUAUGAUGGUUAUACGUUGGAGUAUGAUAAAUUUUCUUGUAAAAGUAAUAAUCCUGAUGUUCCUUACGUUAUAUUUAGUAACAGGCAAGAAAUUCGUGGUGUUGAUUUGAAGACCGCAGCUGUUAAAACGUUUUAUUCUCCGUUAAAAAAUACGAUUGCUUUAGAUUUUUUAUAUUUGAAUGAUUCAAUUGGCGUGUUUUGGGGCGAUGUGAUUGAAGAUAAAAUUUUUUUUGGUAAUUUAAUUGGUGAUGCUAUAGUAAAUGUUAAAGCUAUCGUACAAAAUGGUCUAUCCACUGCCGAAGGUUUGGCUGUUGAUUGGAUUGGAAUGAAUUUAUAUUGGAUAGACAGUAAUUUAGAUCAAAUUGAAGUUGCUUUGAUUGAUGGAAGGUAUCGAAGGACAUUGAUUGCUGGUGAUAUGGAAAGCCCCAGAGCAAUCGCAUUGGAUCCUAGAGAAGGAUUACUUUUUUGGACCGACUGGGAUGAAAAUUUUCCAAGAAUUGAACAGUGCUCGAUGGCUGGUGAAUUCCGUAAAACGAUAGCACAUAUGAGUCAAAUAAAUGGUGCUUGGCCAAAUGGUUUAACUUUGGAUUACACACAGAAACGUGUAUAUUGGGUUGAUGCAAGAUCAGACUCAAUACAUACAACGAGGUACGAUGGCAGUGAUCGUCAUUUAGUGAUCAGAGAUAAAGAAACCUUAUCUCAUCCAUUUGCAAUAACAUUAUUUGAGAAUUUCGUUUACUGGACAGAUUGGAGAACGAAUUCUGUAAUACGAGCUAAUAAAUGGAAUGGUUCCGAUAUACAAGUCAUACAUAGAACAUUGACUCAACCAUUCGGUAUACAAAUUUUGCAUUCUAGUAGGCAACCACGAGACACAUAUAAUCCAUGUCAAAGUGAAAAUGGGGGUUGUUCGCAUUUAUGUCUUCUUAGUGUUAACCAAACUUAUAAAUGCGAAUGCCCACAUGUGAUGCGACUUAGCUCAUAUGAUGGAAAAUUAUGCGUUCAAAAUGAACAAGUUUUGCUAUUUAUUAUGGGAAGCGAAAUACGAGGAAUAGAUUUGAUUCAACCAAACCAUCAUACAAUCCCAACUAUAAGUCAUUCUCCGCAAGUUUUAGCGCCGCAACGUAUUGAUUUUUUGGUCGAUGGAAAUCGGCUUUAUUGGUCAGACACACAACUGAAUGAAGUUAAAACAGCUGGAUUAUCUGACGGAUAUAUAGAAACUAUUUUGAACACUGAUGUUCAGAAACCAUUAGGUUUUGCGGUGGACUGGAUUUCCAAAAAUCUCUUUGUUUCCUCUGCAAAGGAAAAAUGCCAAAUUUUGGCCACAAAUUUGAAUGGAGAAUUUGUAACAGAAGUCCAUCGAGAUUUAAAUAUUGUACAAAGUAUUGCUCUAGAUCCAGCUAAUGGACAAAUGUACUGGUCUCAUUCAGAUAAAAGCAACAAAGUUCAUGAAAUCGAAGUCAGUUCAAUGGAUGGGUCAAAUAGACAACUAUUAUUUAACGGUUCAAAAUCAAUGCAAAGUUUAGCAAUCGACUUUGGUGAUAGUAGAAUUUAUUUUGUUUAUUUAAACUCAGGUAUAAUAUCUUAUCUAGAUUUGCAAGAUCUACGUGUGAAUGAAAUAUUGUCAUCAAGCGAAGUAAUGUCAAUUAGUAGUGUGACUGUUUAUAAUAACUCAUUAUAUUUUCCUGAAAACAUACAGAGUGUAAUAAUGAGUUGUGAAAAAGAUAAUUGUAUGGCAAGUAUGUCACCACUAAGGAAAAAUACGAAUAGUAUUCAAGCGAUUAAAAUGUUUUACUUAAAUGCUCAAUUAGGCUCUAAUUCAUGUGCCAAAUACAAUGGCAAUUGUGAACACUUAUGUUUACCAGUCUCUGCAAAAGCACAUAGUUGUAAGUGUGCUAUUGGAUUUGAAAAGGAAUUAAGCGGUUCCAAUAAGUGUAUUGGAAAAUCAGAAUUUAUUUUUUAUUCCAUAAGUCAUGAGUUAAAAGGAAUUUCACUGCCCUUAAAAGAUGAUAUGGAUGACAUUUCUUCAGCGCUGGGGCCUAUUUCCCGAAUAUCAUUAGCCACAAAUAUCGACUAUCAUGCGGCAGAGGAUAGACUUUAUUGGUCUGACAGUGAAAAAGGCACAAUAACAAGAAUUAAACGUGACGGAACAAAUAGAGAAAUAAUAUUAAAGCAAAGUGAUCCAUUUGAUUUGAAUGAUUCUGAUUGGUUGGGAGGAAUUGCUGUUGAUUGGGUAGCCGAAAAUAUUUAUUGGAGUGACACGAAACGUAAUAUUAUUGAAGUUUCACGUUUAAAUGGAUCAUACCGCUAUGUUGUACUAUCUAACGUAGAAAAGCCGAAAGCUUUAGCUGUUGAUCCGAUAGCGGGGUAUUUAUUCUAUUUGGGUGAAGAUCAAAUAGUACGAACAGGUCUAGAUGGAAGUCAACCAUUUAGCUUAGUUAACCAAACUAAAGGUGCAACAAAUCUUGUGCUUGAUAUUGAAAAUCAAAAAGUUUACUGGUGCGAAAAACUGUUCGGUGGAAAUAAAAUUAUGAGAGUGGAUUAUGAUGGAAAUCUGAAAACGUUAAUGUUGAAUCACAGUUAUGGAGAGCCUGUUGCUUUGGGUUUAAUAGAUGAUCAAAUUUAUUGGGCUGACAACAUUCCAAGUGGUGGAAGUAUUAAAAUGGUUUCCAUUAAUAAUUUGUCCUACUAUGAAUCGAUCGCAACAUCUGAUGGAAAUCCGUUAAAAGACUUAAAAAUAUUUUCAAAUCGAAUUCAAAAUGGAACUAAUUUUUGUGCUGAAAAUAAUGGAGGUUGUCAACAGUUAUGUCUGUAUAAUGGGACACAUCCUGUAUGUGCUUGCUCUCACGGAAGAGUAAGUGAAGACGGACGACUUUGUGAAGAAUAUGAUAAAUUUUUAGCGUUUUCAAAGACAACUGCUAUUGAAAGUAUUCAUAUGACAGACCCACUAAAUGAAAACAGACCUGUAGAAAGCAUAAGCAAUGCAACAUUUAUGAAAAGUGUGAUUGCCUUAAGUUACGACUAUGAUAAUAAAAGAAUAUUUUACUCCGAUAUACAAUUAAGAUCGAUUAAUUGGGUAUAUUUUAAUGGAACAGAUCAUAGAAUCAUAAUAAAAAACCAAUCAACCGUGGAAGGAUUAGCAUAUGAUCCCGUACACCGAAAUUUGUUUUGGACUUCCAAUAAUGAUGCAUCUAUAAGAUCAUUUUAUAUGAAUAACUUAACUGAGAAUGUGAACGAGAAUUCUAAAGGAAUUCAGCAAGUAUUGCGAUUGCAAGUUUUAGACAAGCCCAGAGGAAUAGCUGUUGAACCUUGUAUGGCGAUGAUAUAUUGGACAAAUUGGAAUACCAAAGCCCCGGCAAUUCAACGUGCAUAUGUAACAGGUUUUGGCUUGGAAAGCAUAAUUAAAGUUGCGAUUGUGAUGCCCAAUGCAAUAACUUUGGAUUAUGAGGAAAAUAAAUUAUACUGGGCUGAUGCCCGUUUAGAUAAAAUUGAGAGAGCUGAUUAUGAUGGCACUCAUAGAGUAGUUUUAGCGCAUUCAACACCGAAACACCCAUUCGCUUUGGCUGUUUAUGGUGAUUUAUUAUUUUGGACUGAUUGGGUAUUGCACGCAGUAGCAAGAGCCAACAAACAUUCAGCGGGAGAUGUAAUAGUUUUAGAAGCUAAAGUAGGAAGACCAAUGGGUAUAAUUGCUAUCCAAAAUACAACGAAAAACUGUGAAGCUAACGAGUGUCGUGUACUGAAUGGAGGUUGUGAAGAUGUGUGUAUUUUGGAUAAAAAAGGAAAACCAAGUUGCCAGUGCACUAGAGGUAUUUUGGCAUCAGAUAAGAAGAGAUGUAUACAAAAGGAUGGAAUUGAAUGCCCUGUUGGGUAUUUUCAUUGUGGUUCUGGUGAAUGCAUUUCCUAUGAGUUUACCUGUGAUCAAACGUAUCAUUGUAUGGACCGCUCAGAUGAAACUACUGGCUUCUGUAUUACAAGGCAAUGUCCAAAAGAAUUCUUUAGAUGCAAUAAUCAUCGUUGUAUUCAUAAAAACGAAGUAUGUGACGGUGUUCAUAAUUGCGGUGAUGGCAGUGAUGAAACACCUGAACUUUGUAAUUGUACUGAGAGCGAAAAGAAAUUCCUUUGUAAAUCAGGUGAAUGUGUUGGCAUUUUAUCAAGAUGUGACAAUUAUCCAGAUUGUAAAGAUGCAAGUGAUGAAAUGGGUUGCCCACCAAGAGAAUGUGAAGCUAGGGUACCAAUUCCAUGUCCUAAUACAACGGCUUGCUACAUGCAAUCUUGGCGUUGUGACGGCGAAAACGAUUGUUGGGACAAUUCCGAUGAAAUAGGUUGUGAGAAUGUGACAAGACCACCAUGCGCACCUGGUCAAUUUAAGUGUGCAAAUGGCCGCUGCAUUAAUGAAAAAUGGCGUUGCGAUAAUGAAGAUGAUUGCUUGGAUGGCACUAAUAACACUUUAAGCUCUGAUGAAUUCAAUUGUAAGGAAUGCAAAGAUGAUGAAUUUAAAUGUGAUGAUGGUUGCAUACCAAGCAAAUAUCAAUGUGACGGAACGCCAGAUUGUCACGACGGUUCUGAUGAGGGCACCCAAUGCGGGGAACAUAAUUGUAAAGACAAUAUGUUUAAAUGUAAUAGUAGUGGAAAGUGCAUUCCGGAAAAGUAUGUUUGCGACGGCGAAGUGGAUUGUCCUGAACGAGAGGAUGAGCAUGAUCAAUGUGCGAGAAUUACAUUAACACGGAUUGAUCAUUGCCUGCCACCAAUGUUUUUGUGUUCAAGUGGUGAAUGCUUGGAACCACAAUAUGUAUGCGACGGCGAUACAGACUGUCGUCAUGGUGAUGAUGAAUACGAGGACUGCACAUCUUUUUGGCCCCACAGAUCUUGUGCUCCAGAUGAAUUUCAAUGUAAAAAUUUGCGUUGCAUUCCAAAAAGGAGUGUGUGUGAUCUAAAAGACGACUGCUUUGAUAAUUCAGAUGAAGACAUUGAAGUUUGCAGCAAUUCGUCAAAGCUAUGUGCUGAACCAGAAUUUUACCGUUGUGGAACAGGAGCAUGCGUUCGAUCAAAUUUAUUAUGCAAUGGAAGAAAUGAUUGUGGAGAUUUUAGUGAUGAGCAAUCCUGUAAUAUCAAUGAAUGUUUAAGUGAUAUAUGUGAGCAUGAAUGUGAAGAUAAGAUAGUGGGUUACGAGUGCAAAUGUCAUAAAGGUUUCAAAGUGAAUGUUAAUAACAGAAAUGCUUGCGAAGACAUAAACGAGUGCGAAGAAAUGCAUCCCUGCAGUCAGAUAUGCAUAAACACUUACGGUAGCUACCAUUGUGAUUGCGUUGAUGGUUUCGAACUAAAAAAUAGACACGUUUGCAAGGCCACUAGCAAUGAAACAGUUAAACUUAUUUUUUCAAAUCGUUAUUAUAUUAGACAAGUUAAUACGCAAGGAAAUGGAACAAUUUUGUUGCAUCAAUUAUUAAAUGCCGUAGCUUUGGAUUUUGAAUGGAAAACUAAGUGUUUGUUUUGGUCUGAUGUAACCUCGACUUUAGCAACAAUAAAACGUUACUGUCAUUCAGAUAAUAAAACAACUACGCUGCAUCAGCAAAUGCUGAAAAACCCGGACGGAUUGGCAGUGGAUUGGGUAGGAGAAAAUUUAUAUUGGUGUGAUAAGGGAAUGGAUGCAAUUGAAGUCUCGAAACUAGACGGAAAGUAUAGAAAAAUAAUCAUAAAUAAAAAUCUUAGAGAGCCGCGAGCCAUUGUUUUAGAUCCAUAUCGCAGAUAUAUUUAUUGGUCAGAUUGGGGUGAUUUACCAUAUAUUGGUAAAGCUGGUAUGGAUGGUUCUGAUCAAAAAAUGAUUAUUCAAGAUAAUCUUGGUUGGCCUAAUGCUUUAACAAUUAGUUUUGAAACAGAGGAAUUAUUUUACGGAGAUGCUAGAGAAGAUUUUAUUGCUGUUAGUGACUUAAAUGGAAAAAGUAUCAGAAUACUUCUUAGUCGAAAUACUCACCCAAACCUGAAUCUUCAUCAUAUUUUUGCAAUUGCUGUUUGGGAAGACCGAAUAUAUUGGUCCGAUUGGGAAACUAAAUCAAUUGAAUACUGUAAAAAGUAUGACGGAUCUAAUUGUUCAACAUUAAUCACAACAAUACAUCGUCCAAUGGAUUUAAGAGUUCACCACCCUUAUAGGCAGCGAGCUUUAAAUACAACAAGUCCGUGCGAAAAUGCUAAUUGUUCCACUUUAUGUUUAUUGUCUCCAGAAUUUCCAUAUUACAAAUGUUUGUGUCCAAAUAAUUUCAUUUUGGAAGAGGAUGAGCGUUCAUGUAAAGCCAAUUGUACAGCAGCUCAUUUUAAAUGUCAUAGCACAUAUAAGUGCAUACCGUUUUAUUGGCGAUGUGACACACAAGAUGACUGUGGAGAUAAGAGUGACGAACCACCUGAUUGUCCCCCUUUCCACUGUGAACCAGGACAAUAUCAAUGCAAGAACCAAAAGUGCAUUCAUCCGUCAUCUAUUUGUGACGGAAUAAACCAAUGUGGUGAUCUUUCCGAUGAAGCCGAUUGUGACGAAUUUACUUGCUUUGAUAACAAUUUUAAAUGUUCAAGAUCUGGAAAUAAGACAGCUUUCUGCAUUGAUAUCAUCAAACGUUGUGAUGGAAAUAAGGAUUGCCCGAACGGUGAAGAUGAGCAUAAUUGCUCUCCAAUUCAAUGCCAAAAAAAUCAAUUUCAAUGCGGUAAUAAUAAAUGUAUUCCACAAGUUUGGGUUUGUGAUAAUGAUACUGAUUGCAUUGAUAAAUCAGACGAAAUGAAUUGCGAGCAAAGAAGCUGUUCAUCAAAUGAGUUUUCAUGUAAACAAGGUCGUUGUAUACCAAUGUCUUGGCGUUGCGAUGGAGAAGAGGAUUGUCAGGAUGGUGAGGAUGAGCCACCCAGCUGUCAUUCUGCAAAAGAAAAUAGUUGUGAACCAACCUAUUUUAAAUGUGAUAAUUCAAAAUGCAUUCCAGGUCGUUGGAAAUGUGAUUACGAAAAUGAUUGUGGUGAUAACAGUGAUGAAAUAAAAUGUCCUUUGCGUAAUUGCUCAGAAAGCGAAUUUAGGUGCGAUUCAGGAAAGUGCCUUAAACAUGACCAAUUUUGUGAUGGGGAAGUUCAUUGCGAUGAUGGUAGCGACGAAAGAGAAUGCAACAACAAAACCUGUUCACCAGAAGAGUUUCGGUGUGAAACUAUUAGUACAUGUAUAAACAAGCAGUAUAAAUGUGACGGCGAUGAUGAUUGUCCAGAUGGGUCGGACGAAGUUAACUGUACAUGUUCUGCUGACCAUUUUGCUUGUGAUAAUGGUAAAUGUAUCAUGAAAAGAUGGCGAUGUGAUGGUUGGGCCGACUGCGCGGACGGUUCUGAUGAAAGCUUAAAUACUUGUCAAAAUCACUCUUGUCAUGCAAAUGCCUAUAAGUGCCCAAAUUUAAAAUGUAUUCGUAAAUCAGCGUUAUGUGAUGGAGUUGAUGAUUGCGGUGACGGAACUGAUGAAAGCGCUUUUAUUUGUUCGUCAUUGCCUAAAUGCCGCUAUGAUCAGUUUCAGUGUGAUGAUAACUCUUGUAUUGCUUCUAAAUUUAAAUGUGAUGGUCAUUAUAAUUGCGCUGACGGUUCGGACGAGAUGAACUGUCAAUCUCCAGUAUGCGGAUUUGGUACAUGCUCUCAUAUUUGCAUUGAGAAAAAAGCAGGACAUUUUUAUUGUAAAUGUAGCGAUGGUUAUCAAAAGGGUCCAAAUAAAAACGAUACUUGUUUGGCUGUGGAAAUGGACCAAAUCUUGUUACUAGCGUCCGAGCAAGAAUUUCGUUAUAUAUUGCCACAAAAGCAUUCAAAUACAAUGACAAUGGGUGCAUUACAAACAAAUAGUCUAAAGAUUGAUGUUUUUGAUGCGCUAAUUGUAGAAAAGACUAAUGCUUUACUUUUCUGGAUUGAUUCUCAUCACAACAAAAUUCAUACUAUUAAAAUUCCUAAUCUCAAUAAUUUAAACUACGAAACAAAACGCCAAAUCAGAAGUCUAGAAAUUUUAAAUGAAUUCAAUACGCCAAAUAUAGAUGAUCCAAAGUCACUUGCCAUUGAAUGGGUGACAAAAAAAAUUUAUAUAAUAGAUUCAAGGCACAACAAGAUAAUUGCCACAGAUAUAAACGGAACUAUAUAUGCGAGCUUAGUAGAAACUGGCUUGCACCCGACGGACAUAGUUGUUGAGCCUGAAUCUAGAGUAAUGAUUUGGUCCACUCUUGAAAACGGUAUUUUAGUGGCAUCUUUAGAUGGUAAACAUAAAAAAAGUUUAGUUGAAACCGAUGUUGGAUGGCCAAUUAGCUUAAGCAUUGAUUACCCAACAGGCAGACUAUAUUGGGCUGACUAUAGAAAAGGAACUAUUGAAACUUGCUUUUUAAAUGGAAAAGACCGACACGUAGUUAAACGCUUUGAAAAGAAUGAGAAACCUCAAAAAAUAGAUGUAUUUGAGGAUUUUGUUUAUAUUAAAUUAUAUGAUCAAAGUAUAAUUAAACUUAACAAAUUCGGACAUGAUAAUGGAACGUAUUUAUUGAAAGGAUACCGAUCUUCUGACAUAGGAAUUAUUCAUUAUCUCAAACAGAAUCAAAAUAUUUCAAAUCCGUGUUCAAUAAAUCCUUGUGAUUCAAAGAAAGCUAUGUGCAUAUUAUCUUCGGAACCAAAGGGUUAUUCUUGCAAAUGUCCAACUGAGUAUGUUAUGAUACAUACUAGUGCCGGUGUAAAAUGUAAGCCAAUAGAAGAUUUACCAGAUCAUUGUCCAAUUAGAUGCCACAAAGGAAGAUGUAAAUAUAUAGACCAUCAACCCCGUUGCAUUUGUGAUCCAAUGUAUGACGGAGAGCUAUGUGAUCAUUAUAGAUGUUCUGGAUAUUGUAAAAAUGAAGGCGUAUGUAAAAUAGGAGAAAAUUCUACUGAUGGCAUACCAUCUUUAAUUUGUUUAUGCCCACCAAACUGGUCCGGUACACAUUGUGAAAUUUCAUUGCAUGAGUGCCAAAGUCGUUGUCACAAUGGUGGAAGCUGCUCAAUAUUGGAUUCUGGUGUUUUCAGGUGCGAUUGUCCAGAUCGUUUUGUUGGAGAAAAAUGCGAACAUUGUUUCAAUUUAACUUGUGAGAACAACGGAAUUUGCCGGGAAACAGUUUCCGGAACAACUCAAUGUGACUGUCCUGAUGGCUUUAUUGGAAAACGAUGUGAAAUAAAUGAAUGUCAUGACGUAUGUUUAAAUGGCGGAAAUUGCACUAUUGAUAUUCAAGGGCCCCAGUGUAAAUGUCCAUAUAGAUAUAUGGGAAAUAAAUGUGAAAUUGAUCUAUGUCAAACUGAAAAUCCUCCAGAGUUUUGUGACGAAACUAUGAUAUUCAAUCAUACACCAUGUACAAGCAAAAGAUGCCAAAAUAAUGGAAUUUGUCACAUUAUAAGAAAUGAGGGAAUUUGUAAUUGUACUGAAACAUGGAACGGAGAAAACUGUGAGAAAUAUGUAGAAGCCGACAACCCGUGUAUUGGCUACUGUUAUAAUGGUGGAAUAUGCAGGUUAGAUAAUGUUGAUCUUCCGUCAUGUAUAUGUAUAGGGGAUUGGAAUGGCGAACAAUGUAACAAACCACCCCAAUGCUUGAAUGAUUGUGGUAUUUGCAGGCUCGGCAGUUCUAUAAACGAAUGCUUAUGUAGUAACGGAAGAGUAAGUAAUUGUGUUUCUGACAGUAAUGAGAUACUUACCGAGGAAAGAGUUGACUCAGCUAAAACUCUAACAAUAUUGGCGGUUGCUCUUGCAGUCAUAAUUUUAAUAUUGGCGUUCUUUGGUGGUGCAAUUGUUUUCUUAAGGAAAAGAAGAAUAUCACAGCCAUUUUCCCACGCUCGAUUAACAGAUAAUGUUGAAAUUACGAACCCAAUGUAUUUGGGAGAUGCGGACGAGGUGCCUUCUUUUGUACAUGAUGAGGAUAAAGGUCAUUUCGCGAAUCCAGUUUAUGAGUCAAUGUAUGCCGGGAUGCCAAUUGAUCAAAAUGUCACAGAAAUGACUACAACUGGGCCAAUAGACGAACGUAAAGGUUUAUUACAACAUUCUCAUGAAGAAACAAAUACUCAAGACAUUCUUUGAUAGUUAACAAUUUGAAAUAAAAAUAGAAAUUAAAAAAAUUUAAAAUUAUUAUAAAUCACGAUUUUUGAUGCAAUCAAUAUAUUGACAGAAUAAAAAUGAUUAUAAAAUUGAAAAAAUAACAAACUAGGGUAAAGUUGAAAAGUGCAUUGAUUAUAAAUAAAUAUAUUAAAUUAUAAAAUAAUAGUGAAAGUACGAAUUUUUUUUAUAAUUUCUAUAAAAUUUCCGCAUAGUUUAUCAUAAAUAAAAUUUUAUUAUGAAAUUUAAUGUAAAUACACAUGAUGGCAAUGCUUAUUAACUGUUAGAUAGCAAUGUUAGAGAUAAUUAUUGUAUUACAAUAUGAUUAAGAAUAAUUUGUUUUAAGUAUAUUAUUUUAUGACAAAUUAUAUUAAGAGA